AUGACAUCAUCAGCACCAUCAACAGCAACGUGCUUCAGCAAGGUAGUUGCAAACAACAACAACAACAACUUCAACAGCAUCAACAACUACAACAACAACAGCUACAACAACUUCAACAGCAUCAUCAACAACUACAACAACAACAGCAUCAUCAGCAACUACAACAACUUCAACAGCAUCAUCAACAACUACAACAACUUCAACUGCAGCAUCAUCAACAACUACAACAAUAACAACUUCAGCUUCAACAACAACAUCCGAUUUUUUUCCAUACAACACAUGCACCGCUCAAUAGCCAGAAUGGCUAGACAGCAACAAAAUUACAACUACAACAAGUACUACAACUACAGCAACUACAGCAACUUCUGUUACUACCUCAGCCACUGCAAGAGCCGAAACAUCAGCUACAGCAACGACAUGAUCAUGAUUAUGUCCGUGCGGCUUAUUUAUGUCAUGCUAGUAUUCACACACCAUGUUACAGUUGCAUUGUUUUGUAUAUACAGAGAAGACAAAAAAAACAAAAUGAUAGACGGCUAG